UGUAUGCUACUUUUUUACAUAUACUAGUGUAGCCUAAGAACAUACAAAAUCUGUAUCAACACUCAUAAUUUCACAUACAAGUACGUUAGGUUGCUUUCUGUACCGCUGUUUAUAGACUAUCAGUACGUCAAAUUUUCAUAUGAAAAUGAAGAGGUAUGUGUCUAAAAAAUGUGUCAUGUUUAGAAUAACUAAUGGAAUGCUCAGAUUCUUAUAUACACAUUGAAUUAUAUUUUAGGCACAGCAGUCAAUGAAGAAAUGUCGACAACAAUUCCAAGAGCUACAAUAAUAGGUUCAGAGGUCAAGGACAAAAUUACCGCAAUAAGAUCUAGUUCUACAAUUACAGACAUUCAUAUAGCAAUGGCUGUAACUGGAUUCCUAUCUGGAACAUUUGCUAUUUUUGCUAUUUUAUCUUCCAUUAAGAAAAUGUUUUGUAAUGGAAGGGUGAAUGGCCAGGAAGAUGAAAACACUGAGGCUGUGAUAGAUAUUGGAAGAGGAUACGUUGAAACAAACCUGUUCGAGUUGGAAAAUGCAGAAAAUGGAUUUGUUUUCAGGAGCAUACCUCCAUUAGACCAUCAUGAUUUCGAGCAUUAUGAACACAAGGACUGA